AUGAGCCAACAAAAUUAUUCAGCAGCUUUGGAAAAUUAUCACCGAACGGGAGAUAUUUGUGCUUAUUUAAACAUAACAACAACAACUAAAAGUGAUGUAGAGAAUUUGUCUGAUAAAUUAAAUGCUUUAGAUAUUUAUCAAGGAGCAAAUAAAAGUUUUUUAACAAUUUAUUUGCCAACAAUUGCACAUCAAUUAAUUGUUGGAGAAUGUUCUUAUAAUUUUAAAUCUCAACAGAUGAAUGUAUAA